AACUUGGGCCGUUGGGUAUCCUCUCUAAUAUGGCUGGGUAUCCUGCUACUGCAAGCGUCUCCGGCCAACGUGUCGGCUCAGAAACUCGACGAGAACGACCCGGUGGUCACGACCACUUACGGCAAGUUGCGUGGCAUCAAGAAGGAGCUCAACAACGAGAUCCUUGGUCCCGUAGUGCAGUUUCUGGGCGUCCCUUACGCCAGUCCACCCACCGGCGAGCACCGCUUUCAGCCGCCUGAGCCGCCCUUGUCGUGGCCGGAGAUCCGCAACGCCACACACUUUGCCCCAGUGUGCCCUCAGAGCAUCGUGGAGGGCCGCCUCCCGGAUGUGAUGCUGCCGGUGUGGUUCACCAACAGCAUCGACAUAGUGUCCACAUAUGUCCAGGACCAGAGCGAGGACUGCCUCUAUCUUAACAUCUAUGUCCCCACUGAGGAUGGUCCCCUUACAAAGAAACACACUGAUGAUUUAGGUGAUAGUGACCGCACGGACGACGAAGACAUCAGGGAGAGUGGAAGCCCCAAGCCAGUGAUGGUUUUCAUCCACGGGGGCUCCUACAUGGAAGGAACUGGGAAUAUGUUUGAUGGCAGCAUCCUGGCCAGCUAUGGAAAUGUGAUUGUCAUAACUGUCAACUACCGGCUGGGCGUCCUAGGUUUCCUGAGUACAGGUGACCAGGCAGCCAAAGGGAAUUACGGUUUGCUGGACCAGAUCCAGGCUCUGCGUUGGACCAGUGAGAACAUUGCAGCCUUCGGCGGCGACCCGUUACGUAUCACUGUGUUCGGCUCAGGUGCUGGAGCCUCCUGUGUCAACCUUCUCACACUGUCUCACUACUCUGAGGGCAACCGCUGGAGCAACUCCACCAAAGGCUUGUUCCAGCGAGCCAUUGCCCAGAGUGGUACAGCUCUGUCCAGCUGGGCCGUUAGUUUCCAGCCAGCUAAGUACGCCCGGAUGCUGGCCCGCAAGGUGGGCUGUAACCUUGAGGACACUGUAGAACUUGUUAGUUGUCUUCAGAAGAAACAUUACAAAGAGCUGGUGGAUCAAGACAUCCAGCCAGCCCGCUACCACAUCGCCUUUGGACCUGUUAUCGAUGGCGAUGUCAUACCUGAUGAUCCUCAGAUACUCAUGGAGCAAGGUGAGUUCCUCAACUAUGACAUCAUGCUAGGAGUGAACCAAGGCGAGGGUCUAAAGUUUGUGGAGCUGAUCGUUGACAAUGAAAAUGGCGUCCAGGCUAAUGACUUCGACUAUGCCGUGUCCAGCUUUGUGGAUGAUCUCUAUGGUUACCCAGAGGGUAAAGACAUCCUCCGAGAGACUAUCAAGUUCAUGUACACCGACUGGGCCGACAGGCACAACCCAGAAACCCGCAGGAAGACACUGUUGGCUCUCUUCACCGAUCACCAGUGGGUGGCACCAGCUGUUGCGACAGCUGACCUUCACUCCAGCUUUGGGUCACCUACAUACUUCUAUGCCUUCUACCACCACUGUCAGACAGAACAGGUGCCACCGUGGGCAGACGCAGCACAUGGAGAUGAGAUCCCAUAUGUGUUCGGCCUGCCGAUGAUUGGACCAACGGAGCUGUUUCCCUGCAACUUCUCGAAGAAUGACGUGAUGCUCAGUGCCGUGGUCAUGACCUAUUGGACUAACUUCGCAAAAACAGGCGACCCAAACCAGCCGGUCCCCCAGGACACCAAGUUCAUCCACACCAAACCCAACCGCUUUGAAGAAGUAGCAUGGACCCGUUACAACCAGAAAGACCAGCUUUACCUGCACAUUGGCCUGAAGCCCCGCAUCAAAGAGCAUUACCGUGCCAACAAGGUCAACUUAUGGUUGGAGCUGGUCCCUCAUCUGCACAGCCUCAAUGAGGUCACCCAGCUCAUCCCCACCACCACCAAGAUUCCUCCUCCAGAGGCUACCAACCGCACCCCAAAGCCCAAGGUUCUGGUGACCAAGCGCCCCAACCCAACUCCCUUCCCCACUGAGACCCAGGACAGCCACAACCAGCCACACCUGGUGGACCAGCGCGACUACUCCACUGAGCUGUCUGUGACCAUCGCCGUGGGAGCCUCCCUUCUCUUCCUCAACAUCCUGGCCUUCGCCGCUCUUUACUACAAGAAGGACAAGCGCAGGCAUGACGUCCACAGGCGCUGCAGCCCUCAGAGGAGCGCCGCCAACGACCUGGCCCACACUCAGGAGGAGGAGAUCAUGUCCCUGCAGAUGAAGAAGCACUCGGACCUGGACCGGGACUGCAGGGGUGUGGGCGAUUCCUUGCACCCGCACGACGUGGUGCUGAGGACUGCCUGCCCGCCGGACUACACUCUGGCCAUGAGGCGCUCACCGGACGACAUCCCGCUCAUGACUCCAAACACCAUAACCAUGAUCCCCAGCACCAUGGGGGGGCUCACCUCGCUCCACUCUUUCAACACCUUCCCCAGCAGCGGGCAGAAUAACACCCUGCCCCACCCACACCCACACUCACACUCCACCACCCGGGUAUAG